AAAAAAAAUGGGACAAUCAGAAUCCAAAAGUUAUCUAGCGGAUUCAAUUCAGAGCCUACUGAAGGCACAAGGAGUAACAGUUGAGAGGGCAAGAUUAGAGGCCUUUGUUAAGAUUCUGGACACAGUUUGUCCAUGGCUAUGUAAUAAGGCAGAAAUAAAUACUGAAGUAUGGGAGACAGUCGGAAACCAGUUGGAUGAAGCCCUUCUGGCCGAGCCUAAUCGUUUCCCAGAAGGUGCUCCUUUUUAUUGGGCUUUGUUAAACGCAGCUCUCACGACCCCAACCAAAAAGGAAAUCUUGGAAGCCUUAGAGAAGGUGCAUGUAGGGUUAGAACAAAUUAGAGAGGAGCGCUCUCAGACUUCAGAGCCCCCUGAAUCUGGAAAAUGUCCCCUUUCACUUGAGCCCCCUGAGCCUCCGGAUUCUGGAGGACCUCCUGUAGCACUAUAUCCCAGUUUUGAGGCUUUUCAACAAAAACUUGAGCGUCCACCGCCUUCUGCACCCCCUCCCACUCAGAGGGAGGCAAACCUGGCUCAGCUGUGCACUAUUAAUCAGGAGCUCAGUGAGGAACUUCAGCUGAGGCAGCAGAUUUCAUGCCUCUCGAGCAGACUUGCGUCUCUUCGUGCCUCAGAGGCCAGGCCUACCAAUGAGCCCAAUGGUAAAGACCCCAUAAUAUCUGAAGGGUCUCAAGGCAUAGCAUCUCCUUUACAAGAGGCUCUCAAACGCGCUGCAGCACAAGGGGAGGAAAUCUUUAGACUAUUCCCCGUCAUUCAGGUAGAGGGACUCCAAGGGUCGAUUAGAGAACAUCGCCCUCUUGAAUUCAAAUUGGUGAAAGAAUUAAAAACUGCUGUAAAUCAGUAUGGCACUGCAGCUCCUUUCACUUGUGCUAUCCUGGACUCCAUUACUGGAUCCUGGCGAAACACCAAGUGAUUGGAUUGCGGUCUGCCGCGCAGUUCUUUGGGGAUGGGGUUUUUGCUUGUGUUUUUCCACAGAAUGCUGAUCAACCAUGGUGGAUCCCAGAGCAUUUUAUCAAACAG